CCCCUCUUGUCGCAUUCCCUCAACAUAUUCCAGCCGGAAAGGACAGGAGACCGCGACCAUGGCCAGCGCCAUACCUAGCACUUCGGCCCACCCAAUAACCGACCAAGGAUUGUCGGUCGUAUAUAAUCCCCCCGGACAAGCCAUAGCUGACAUCGUCUUCGUUCACGGCCUCCAGGGCCAUCCUUGGAAGACAUGGGCUGCCAAAAAACCAUCCAACGCCUGGCCCACCGAAAGCCCGCAUGGCAUCAAUGAGCAGCACUCGGUGUGUGGUCCAGAGACGCCGAAUGAUGCAACAAGCAAAAGCAAAAAGAGACGGUUGGAGGAGUUUUUGGUCAGCCUUCCUCGUCGGAAGAGCCGAGGCCCCAAUGCAAUAGCAUCUGGCAGUAGCACAGGCCACCAAAUACUGGACGCAAACCUCCCUCAGAGUGUCGAGUCACAAAGGUGGUUUUGGCCCAAACAUUCUGUCCCUGUGUCUUGUCCCGACGCCCGAGUUCUCACUUGGGGAUAUGAUACUGUUGUGACGAGCCCGGCCAUGGCCCGGCUUGCAAAGCUAGCACAAUGUCUCACGGAAAGGACUUCCUCUUUAGCCUCGAGCGCUUCCGAAGAGACACGGACGCGAGCCGGCGCCCACUCAUACUCGUCGCUCACUCGUUGGGAGGGAUCGUUAGACCUUUGCCAGAAUUGAUUUUUUUUAUUUCGAUUUGAGUGCGUGCGGGGAGUGCUUUCUUUAUUUCCACAAGCUAGCGUCAUGCUUGAUUAGAAGUACGAGACGAGGAGGGGUCCGUCACAAAAAAGGAUCUAGUUUGGAGGAGGCCGGUGCUUGGGAGCGGAGGGCUGCAGCCAACGGGUACGACUUAAGGCAACAAACCUCGUCCUCCGGCCGUGUAAGCUCGGUGUAGUGGAUACCGAGCUUUCGUGACAGAGAUCCAGACCCCUAUAUAAAGGGAAAUAUUACCAGCCAAGCCCCGAGGCCGGG